GGCACAGGUCGCGGACUGGCUCCAACGGGAAAAGGUUAAGAAGGAGCGUAGAAAGUCCAAGAAGCACGGGCUGCCAAAGAUGUCUACUGCUGUCCAUGCCGGCAUUUCCGUCCCCGCGGCCGGCAGACCCCGUACCAAUUCCUUGAAGUCCGAUUCGAGCGAAGUGUCCCUCGACAGACUGCAGAGGAUCCUUGACGACAAUAUGGCGGCCUUGGGAUUGAGUUCCGCGCCGUCAGCCAGUCCUCGUCUUGGACGGAAGCUCCGCAAGAGAUCGAGCAAAACUCUCGCCCGUCCGGCUUCGUCAGACACCGAGUGGUACGACGGCGACGUGUUAGUUCCAAGCUGCGACGCUUUUCUCGACAAUUCCAAGACGCUUGCCUACACUGGCGGGCAGGCCGCUUCGGACAGUUCCGUUUCUGCAUCUAGCCGCAAGGAAGACAAUUGGCUCACGUUCAAAAACGAGAUAAUCCGGCUGGCGCACACGUUGCGCCUCAAGGGCUGGAGGCGCGUGCCGCUGGAUAGCGGCGACAGCAUCUCGGUCGAGCGCUUGAGCGGGGCCCUGACCAACGCCGUCUACGUGGUGUCACCCCCAUCAGAAGCCCUGUUGCCCCGCGAACCCGGCAAGAAGCAGCCGACCAAGGUGCUGCUGAGAAUAUACGGGCCCCAGGUGGAGCAUCUAAUCGACCGAGAGAACGAGCUGGGCGUGCUCAAGCGGCUGGCUAGGAAAAAGAUCGGCCCCCGGUUACUGGGGACCUUCCUCAACGGCCGGUUCGAGCAGUACUUGAACGCCACCGCGCUGACGCCGGCCAGCAUGCGGGAGCCAGAGACAUCUAGGCAGAUCGCCAAGCGCAUGCGCGAGCUGCAUGACGGCAUCGAACUACUCGAGGAGGAGAGGGACCAGGGGCCCGGCGUAUGGAAGAACUGGGACAGGUGGCUGAGUCAGGUCGAGAAGACGGUUCUGUACCUCGAUAAGCAGAUCCUGUCUGGGGCGCAGACUCACCGCCUGCCAGGCGGCGUCUGGAAAACGCGAGGUUUUGUUUGCGGCGUGCAAUGGCCGGUGUUCAAGGCCCUUGUAGACAAGUAUCGCAAGCACUUGGAAGCGUACUACGGGAACGCCAAGAACAUCCGCGACAAGCUCGUCUUUGCCCACAGCGAUACCCAAUACGGCAACAUCCUCCGCAUGCGACCGGACGACCAGAAGUCCCCGCUCCUGCAGCCGGCCAACGAGCACAAGCAGCUCGUGGUCAUCGACUUCGAGUACGCCGCCGCGAACCUGCCGGGCCUCGAGUUCGCCAACCACUUCUCCGAGUGGACCUACAACUACCACGACCCCGUCCGCCCCUACGCCUGCGACCACGCGCUCUACCCGACCCCGGACCAGCAGCGCAGCUUCGUCAAGGCCUACGUCGACCACCGCCCCCAGCUGCCCUACCCGGACUCCAACCCGUCGCCGUCGCUGUCCGUGACGCCCGUCAGGGGCGAGGGGCCGUCCGGUAGUAGUAGCAGUGGUGGUGGUGGUGGUGGUAGUGGUGGUGGUCUUCUCACGAAUGGUGGGCUCAGCGGGGAGGCGGCGGCGGCCGGGGCGGCGGGGCUGCGCGCGACGCCGUCGUCGAGCUCGAUCGGCGAGUUCAUGCUGGACGCGCGGGUGCCGCCGGGCGGGUGGAAGGAGGAGGAGCGCAAGCGCGAGGAGGAGGCCGAGCGGCGCGUGCGCGAGCUGCUCGAGGAGACCCGGCUGUGGCGCACGGCCAACUCGGCCCAGUGGGUCGCCUGGGGCAUCGUGCAGGCCAAGAUCACCGCGGUGGAGGAAGAAGAGGCCGACGUUGCUGCUCUUUCGGAGGCGUCUGAUGCCAACGCUGGUGUAGCCGGUAUGGGCGGUGAUGGUGGUGGUGUUGUGGAUGGGGCGAUUGGGGCGGAGGAGGAAGCAGAGCGCCAGCAGCAGCAGCAGCAGCAGCAGCAGCAGCAGCAGCAGCAACAGCAGCAGGAGGAGGCCGAGGAGUUCGAUUAUCUCGCGUAUGCGCAGGACAGGGCGUAUUUCUUCCUGGGCGACUGCGUCGCGAUGGGGCUGGUCACGACCGAGGAGCUGGGCGAGGAGGUCAGCCGGAGGAUUAAGGUGGUGGAGUACUAACCCUCCCCAUCCUCUCUCUCCUCUAUCUCUACCUCGGGGCGUGUGGCUCAGUUGGUAGCGGAUUACGGAU